AUGGAGAACAGAAAGUGUCAAGUGCUGCUGCAGAUUGUAUGUCUGCUCGGCUUAAUUUUCCUGUUUUGUUUAUCGGUAGCAGCAGCUGCUGAUACUCAAACUUACGUUGUUUGGGUGAAAAAGCCAGUCCAAGGUGAGUUAUUUUCAAAAUCUCAUCAAGAUUUGGAGAGUUGGUACCAGACUUUUUUGCCCGAAACAGUUGCAGACUCCAACGAGGUGACGAAGCCACGAAUGGUUCAUACAUACCGCAAUGUGGCCACAGGAUUUGCAGCAAAACUGACCGCAGAGGAAGUAAGAGCGAUGGAGAACAAAGAAGGGUUUGUGUCUGCUCGUCCAGAGAGGAUUCUGCCUUUGCACACUACUCACAGUCCUAACUUCUUGGGAUUGCAGCAAGGAUUGGGAGCCUGGAAAGGAGCAAACUACGGUGCAGGUGUGAUCAUUGGAGUGUUGGAUACUGGGAUUGGACCUGAUCAUCCUUCGUUUAGCGACGAAGGAGUACCACCUCCUCCAGCUAAAUGGAAAGGCAAGUGCGACUUCAAUGGACCGGUGUGCAAUAACAAGCUUAUCGGUGCACGAAACUUCCAAAGCGGACAAUCUACUGGAGGCCCUCCAGUUGACGAUGAAGGCCAUGGCACCCACACAUCCAGCACAGCUGCAGGAAAUUUUGUGAAAGGUGCCAAUGCGUUUGGAAUGGCCAAUGGCACAGCAGUUGGUAUGGCACCUUAUGCUCAUGUCGCAAUGUACAAGGUCUGUGGUGAGGCGGGUUGUUCUGAUGCAGACAUUUUAGCUGCUAUGGAUACUGCUGUUGAAGAUGGCGUUGAUGUCCUCUCGCUCUCACUUGGCGGUGCUUCAUUUCCCUUCUAUGAUGAUGCAAUUGCAAUCGGUGCAUUCACAGCAAUUCAAAAGGGAAUUUUUGUCAGCUGUGCAGCAGGAAAUUCUGGUCCUGACUACGAGUCUUUAUCCAAUGAGGCCCCAUGGAUACUCACAGUUGGAGCAAGCACCAUUGACAGAAGCAUAAGAGCAACAGCGCUCCUUGGAAAUCACGGAGAAUUUGAUGGCGUAUCUUUGAACCAGCCUAAAGAUUUUAAUUCAACAUUGUUGCCUCUUGUUUAUCCAGGUGCGAAUGGCGACCAGUCAUUAUCUUUAUGUGCUCCAGGGUCCCUUGGAAAUGUUGAAGGGAAAAUAGUGUUGUGCGAGGGAGAAAGAGGAAGAGUUGCCAAAGGGGAAGAAGUGAAAAGAGCUGGUGGUGCUGCCAUGAUUUUGGCGAACCUAGAGGAUGGUGGCUACACCGUCUUAGCUGACGCUCAUGUUCUUCCUGCGACACAUGUGAGUUAUGCUGCAGGGUUGAUGAUCAAAGCCUACAUAAACUCAACUGCAACACCUCAAGCCACAAUCUUGUUCAAAGGCACUGUCAUUGGAGAUCCUCUAGCUCCCCAAGUCGCUUUCUUUUCAUCAAGGGGACCAAGCAUUGCAAGCCCUGGAAUUUUGAAGCCUGACAUCAUUGGACCUGGUGUUAGCAUCCUUGCGGCAUGGCCCGUUUCUGUGGACAAUGCCACACUUCCCAAUCCUAAGGCAACAUUUAACAUGGUUUCAGGUACUUCGAUGUCAUGCCCUCACUUAAGUGGCAUUGCAGCCUUGCUCAAGAGUUCCCACCCAGACUGGUCACCGGCUGCCAUUAAGUCUGCAAUCAUGACAACGGCAGAAGUAAAUAACCUUGGAGGACAGCCCAUAGUUGAUGAAACACUUAAACCAGCAGACAUCUUUGCCACUGGUGCAGGCCAUGUUAACCCUUCAAACGCAAUUGACCCGGGGCUCAUCUAUGACAUAAAUCCAGCGGAGUACAUUCCUUAUAUGUGCGGUUUGAAUUACACAAAUGAACAGAUACAGGUUGUCACCCAACAAACAGUGAACUGCUCCGAAGUGGGAACCAUCCCAGAAGCACAGCUAAACUAUCCUUCAUUUUCUAUUAUAAUAGGGUCAUCUGAUGAGUCUAAGUCUCAGGACUAUACAAGGACGGUGAAGAAUGUUGGGCCGGCUAGCUCAACCUACAAGCUGGAUCUUAAUGUGCCACAUAAAAUGGGCAUGAGUGUGAAUCCUGAGGUGCUAACAUUCACAGAGGUUAACCAGGAGAUUACAUUCAGUGUGGAGUUUAUUGCGGAAGACGGGGCUGGGAAGGAUGGUGUACUGUUUGAUCGGGGGUAUCUGAGAUGGAUUUCUGAUAAGCACUCUGUUACUAGCCCCAUCUCUGUGAUCUUUGACACAUAGGAAAAGAUAUCACAAGAAUGCAGAGAACGAUAGAAGGAAUUGAACGCAAAAAAUAAGUGCUACUCCAGUGGUGCCAUUUUAGUCAUUCAAGAUUUGACGUUUAAUUUACAACCCUUUGUAUCAUUGCCUACAUACUGUUUGAGCAAUAAUUGAAAUUGAUAAAAGAAGUAAAUGGACUCACAGAUUGCUUGCAGUUGUAUCAGCUGACGGACAAGAGUUCUUCGGUGUU